CCUCCCCUUCUCUCCUUCUACAGCCCAGCCCGCACCCUCCGCUCCUCUGCUGCUAACAUGUCUGGUCGCGGCAAAGGAGGCAAGGGGCUCGGCAAAGGCGGUGCUAAGCGCCACCGCAAAGUCCUGCGGGAUAACAUCCAGGGAAUCACAAAGCCGGCUAUCCGCCGCUUGGCUCGUCGUGGUGGUGUCAAGCGCAUCUCUGGGCUGAUCUAUGAAGAGACCCGCGGGGUGCUCAAGGUUUUCCUGGAGAACGUGAUCCGCGACGCUGUCACCUAUACGGAGCACGCCAAAAGGAAGACCGUCACCGCUAUGGACGUGGUUUAUGCGCUUAAGCGCCAGGGCCGUACUCUCUAUGGCUUUGGUGGUUAA